CCACUCCAGCAGGCCUAACCCACACAAUUACCUUCCUCGGGUGGAGACCGUGUGUGUCCUUCUCUCCUGCCUCACGCUAUCCGCAGCUCUGCACCUCCGCAAUCCUACACCAUGUCGGACAGCCGGGAUCCAGCAAGCGACCAGAUGAAGCAGUGGAAGGAGCAGCGGGGCUCCCAGAGACCCGAUGUCCUGACCACUGGAGGUGGGAACCCAAUAGGAGAUAAACUUAAUAUCAUGACCGCGGGGUCCCGAGGGCCCCUCCUCGUUCAGGAUGUGGUUUUCACUGAUGAGAUGGCACACUUUGACAGAGAGCGGAUUCCUGAGAGAGUGGUACACGCAAAAGGAGCAGGUGCUUUUGGAUACUUUGAGGUCACCCAUGAUAUUACCAGAUACUCCAAGGCAAAGGUGUUUGAGCAUAUUGGAAAGAGGACUCCCAUUGCUGUUCGAUUCUCCACGGUUGCUGGAGAGUCAGGCUCAGCUGACACAGUUCGUGACCCUCGUGGGUUUGCAGUGAAAUUCUACACUGAAGAUGGUAACUGGGAUCUUGUGGGAAACAACACCCCUAUUUUUUUCAUCAGGGAUGCCAUAUUGUUUCCGUCCUUUAUCCAUAGCCAGAAGAGAAACCCACAAACUCACCUGAAGGAUCCUGACAUGGUCUGGGACUUCUGGAGUCUUCGUCCAGAGUCUCUCCAUCAGGUUUCUUUCUUGUUCAGUGACCGAGGGAUUCCUGAUGGACACCGGCACAUGAAUGGCUAUGGAUCACACACCUUCAAGCUGGUCAAUGCAAAUGGAGAGGCGGUCUAUUGCAAGUUCCAUUACAAGACCGACCAGGGCAUCAAAAACUUGCCUGUUGGAGAGGCAGGAAGACUUGCCCAGGAAGAUCCAGAUUAUGGCCUCCGAGAUCUUUUCAAUGCCAUUGCCAAUGGCAAUUACCCAUCCUGGACUUUUUACAUCCAGGUCAUGACUUUUAAGGAGGCAGAAACUUUCCCAUUUAACCCAUUUGAUCUGACCAAGGUUUGGCCUCACAAGGACUACCCUCUUAUACCAGUUGGCAAACUGGUCUUAAACAAAAAUCCAGUUAAUUACUUUGCUGAAGUUGAACAGAUGGCUUUUGACCCAAGCAACAUGCCCCCUGGCAUUGAGCCCAGCCCUGACAAAAUGCUCCAGGGCCGCCUUUUUGCCUACCCGGACACUCACCGCCACCGCCUGGGACCCAACUAUCUGCAGAUACCUGUGAACUGUCCCUACCGUGCUCGAGUGGCCAACUACCAGCGCGAUGGCCCCAUGUGCAUACAUGACAACCAGGGUGGCGCUCCCAACUACUACCCCAACAGCUUCAGCGCACCGGAGCAGCAGCGCUCAGCCCUCGAGCACAGUGCCCAGUGCUCUGUAGAUGUGAAACGCUUCAACAGCGCUAAUGAAGACAAUGUCACUCAGGUGCGGACAUUCUAUACAAAGGUGUUGAACGAGGAGGAGAGGAAACGCCUGUGUGAGAACAUUGCCAGCCACCUGAAGGAUGCUCAGCUUUUCAUUCAGAAGAAAGCGGUCAAGAAUUUCACUGACGUCCACCCUGACUACGGGGCCCGUAUCCAGGCUCUUCUGGACAAAUACAACUCUGAGAAGCCUAAGAAUGCAAUUCACACCUACGUACAGGCCGGCUCACACAUGGCCGCGAAGGGAAAAGCUAAUCUGUGAAGUGCAGGUGCUCGGCCUCAGCCUCCCAGGAGAUGUCUCGUGAAGCUGAGCCCAAGGCUCGCCUAUGAUCACCGCUGAGUGGAUUGUCCCCUGCUGAAGCGCAGAUUCACGAUGAUGACUUUAAAAUGAUAAUCCGGGCUUCUAGAGUGAAUGAUAGCCAUGCUUUGAUGCCGUUUCCCGAGGGGGAAAUUAAAGGUUAGGGCUUAGCAGUCAUUUAACAGAAACAUGGAUCUACUUAGGACUUCUGUUUGAAUUAUUCAUUUAAAAUGACUACAUUUAAAAUGAUUACAAGAAAGGUCUUCUAGCCAGAAACAUGAUUUGAUUAGAUAUGAUAAACUCUUGGUAAGAUUGUUGUAUUCUCCUGUUACCUCAUGGCCUGGUAUAUAUACAGUAUAUACACAUCACAGCAUACCACACACAUACAUAACACAUACAUGCACCACACCACACACACAUACACACACACACACACACACACACACACACACGCAUACACACAUAAUUGAUGAUAAAGAUGGCCCAUUCAGAAUUUUUUUUAUUUUUCUAAGGUCCUUAUAAGCAAAGCCAUCCUUGUAUCAUGUCUUCCAAGAGUAACUUUAGCACUGCUGAAACUUCACGUUUAUUCCUGUGCUGUGCAGUUGAUCAGAUUCUUUUUUUCCACUUGGAAUUAUGUUUAUGCUAACACACAGUGAUUUCACAUAGGGUGAUUUGUACUUGCUUACAUUUUUACAAUAAAAUGAUCUACAUGGAA